AAAAAAAAAAACACAACAAACAAGAUAAAUCGCCAUGGAUAUACUCAAGAAAAUGUUCCAAUCGGAAUUCGAGCAGCAGCAGCAGGAGAAAGACGCUGCCGCAACCGCCUCCAACAAGGAUGAGUUCCGCAAGCCCCAGUGGUUCGAGGAGGCCGAAACUGAUGAUGAGCUCUUCGAUGACGAUCGCAAGUUUGCGUUCCAAGUCUUUACCAGUCCAUUGGAGAUGCAGAAGCACUUUGAGCGUCAACUGCAGCGUCUGCUGGAGUCGGUGCAAGACAAUGAAGAUGCUGGAGUUGAGCGUAACUUAAGGGAGGAUUUCUUGAAACCUGGCUUCGAAAGCAAAAUACUUAAGGAAUUUCAUAAGAAAGAAAACUCGCUGGACACCGACUUGGAUGGAGAAAUCUACCCCGAUCAACUGUACACGCUGAUACAACGCUUGAAUCCCGAGGAGGGGCACGAAAAUAUUUUGCCCUCCAAUCAGCGUGGGUUGCGCGUGCCACGCGUUAAGCUUUCCGAUGAGGAGAUUAUCAUGGGUCGUAUACACGGCACACUCAAUGCCGAAGGUGAAAUGAAACCGGCCGUAUUGCUGCCGGCACGGCCGCCGAGCGGCAAGCCGAACAUAAUGACGCCAAUGACGCCAUUUGGCGGCGUCUUCGAUGGCACCUAUCAGGGCCCGAAAAUGUUCAGCCAGAGCGUGAUGACGAAGACAGUGCGCAAACCGGAUGGCAGCUAUGAGACCACUAAGGUGACCCAGGACUCGACCGGUCAGAAGACAACAACUGUGACGCGCAUUGUGGACGGGCGCAAGGAGACAACGGUCAGGCAAGAGGGCACUGGCACGGGCACGGGCACGGGCCGGCAGGCGGCAAUUGGAGCUGGUGGAGAUCGUCAGGCGUGCAUGAAUCGCAACAUAUUUGUGACAAAAGAAGGCUACGCCAUGCCACGGAACCUCUGGUGACCAGUGGUGAACAACUAUUGCCCCAAUCAAGAUAAGCGAUCAAUGCUGCUCCUCCAGCGGCAGCAGCAGCAGCAACAACAGUAUGAAGAUAAGCUAAAGCGAUUCGUCGGCAACAUAGUCCCACACAACAUCCAAAUUAGAACCUAUUACAUUUUAGUUUACAUUCUCUUAAGUGUUUGUUGGUGUUUUAGAUGAAACGCAAUUGAGACAACAGAUGACGACGAUUA